AUGACCAGAACGGCACUCGAGACUGUCCUCGUCGUGAUCGCGGCUCAAAUGAUGGCAAUGGCGCAACAAUUUGUCAUGUAUGCUCCGGGAGGAGAUGACACGUCCGUACAGCGUAUCGACCCCAUCAUCGCCCCAGGGGGCAUCAGCGCUCACGUGCAUCAGAUCUUCGGUGCGGACAUGUUGUCUUCAACACUGGAUUACGACAGCUUGCAGACCGCAUCUUGUACCACAGUCGGAUCCGCCGACUUCCAGGGAAUCGCUGCCGAUCGCAGUAUAUACUGGCACCCUGCACUGUAUAUGCAGUCCCGCGAGGGGUCCAAGGGAUACCUGCGCGUGCCUACCAACGGACACAAACUGUACUAUCUCGAUGUCGGAAUAGGAGAGAAAGCACAGCCAUUCGAGUUCAAGCAUGGCUUCCGAAUGCUCGCCGGUGAUCCUUUCGCGCGCUCCCCCACCGGCAGCAAAGCCGUCGUGUGGAAGUGUUUCGAGGGCGGCUCGUACAUCACCGGCGACGACGGAGGCUUCCCGAGGGGGGUGAAUACGUGCUCGGACUAUCCAUACCUGUACGCGUCCGUCGAGUUCCCACACUGCUGGAACGGCAGGGAGUACGACCCCGAAGAUGCACAAGCGCACAUGGCGUAUCCACACGGCGACGUCCGAAGCGGCGCUUGCCCAGCUUCGCACCCGUUACGUCUCCCACACUUGUUCGUCGAGAACUUCUUCGACAUCGACAAGCUCGCCGGCAAGACCGGGCCAGACUCCUUCGUACUCGCGCAAGGAGAUGACACUGGCUACGGAAUGCAUCAGGACUUUUUCAACGGUUGGGAGGACGGCGCACUGCCGAGCUUGUUGUCGACAUGUCCGCAGCCAGCGUACGGUAACGAAGACGUGGGCACCUGCUCGGCUUUCCGCUCCAGCGGCGCCGCGACGGCUUGCAGUCUCCCCGUGCAGUACAAAGAGAACGUUGACAGUCCCGGUCCGUUUCUUCCCGGCUGCAAUCCGAUACUUGACGCCGAUCCCGCACCACGAGUCGCUGUUGCCCCACUCGGGUAUUCUGGUGAUGAUUGUCGCGCCGAAAACGUGACGAACUCGAAGUGGAGGUUCAUAUCUCGGGAGGGGCUGCCGUCGCGCCCGCGGCAGAGGUCUUCUAGACAUAGUCUUCCGUCCGGCCGGCGAGAGAACUCGACACCUGCGUCAUUCUCGUCGCCAUGA